CAGCUGAUAAGAGGAUUUGAUAGAAAAUUUGCGAAAACGAGUGGCUAUUAUCAAAAUUGGGACGGAGGGAGAAGAUAUUUCCUAUUCGAGUGUGUGUCUGUUAAAUUAUGGCUGGACUAGUACAUUUAGCGCGAUUUUGUAGCAAGCAGCAGCAAAUAACAUCAACAAAUAGACGAUUCUACAGUAUAGUGAGGCCCACUUCUGGUCUAUUCAAAGCGCGUGGACAACGUCGAUUACCUGCUCAUUUGUUCUAUUCCAGCCAGUCUGUAGCCGACAAUGAUGAUGUUGCAAAAACGCAAAAGAAGAAAAUCACGCCGUUUACACCGACGCCCGGAAAUAAAUUGCUGGGCGGUGUGCUGGUGAAGAAAGUGCCCAAAGGUCCGACAACAACAGCACAGCGGCUACCACUACGAAAUUGUCAUAUUCAUUUAGGCGGCACUGAUGCGGGCAGUGCGCUGGGCAAACUCGACGCGCCGGAAGUGACGUCACAAGAUAUGUUGCGCGCCAUGAUGCACUACAUCUGGCCCAAAGAGGAUGCGCUCGUGCGGAAACGUGUGGUUAUAUCUCUAAGUCUGCUGGUCGGUUCCAAAAUGCUGACCGUUUGUGUGCCGUUCCUGUUUAAGGGUGCCGUCGAUACGCUGAACACGAUGAACACGCUGAAUAUGGACACAGCGCCGGACACGGUGUUGUCUGUAGCCACAGCUAUGCUGCUUGGAUAUGGCGUUGCACGCGCCAGCGCUGCCGCUUUCAACGAACUGCGUAAUGCCGUCUUCGCGCGGGUGGCACACCAUUCCAUUCGGAAGAUCGCCUCAAAUGUGUUUCUACAUUUGCAUAAUUUGGAUUUGGCAUUCCAUUUGAAUAAGCAGACGGGCGCCUUAUCUAAGACCAUCGAUCGCGGUUCCCGUGGCAUAAACUUUGUGCUCAGCGCAAUGGUUUUCAAUAUAGUGCCAACCAUAUUCGAACUGGCGCUGGUGUCCUCCAUCUUGGGCACUAAGUGCGGCUUAGCCUUCGCCGGCGUUUCGAUGGGUUGUGUUGGCGUGUAUGCCGCUUUCACGUUAGCCGUUACGCAGUGGCGCACCAAGUUCCGCAUCUAUAUGAAUCAGGCGGAAAAUGAGGCGAGCAAUAAAGCUGUCGAUUCGCUGAUCAACUACGAAACUGUCAAGUAUUUCAAUAAUGAAAAGUUCGAAGCCGGCCGCUACAAUGAAGUGCUGAAGAAAUAUGAGGUGGCCAGUUUGAAGACGAGCACCAGUUUGGCCAUGUUGAAUUUCGGCCAAAAUGCCAUUUUCAGUUCGGCGCUGAGUAUAAUCAUGUUGCUGGCCGCCAACGAGAUAUCCAAAGGCAAUAUGACCGUUGGUGAUUUGGUGAUGGUUAACGGUUUACUAUUCCAACUUUCCAUCCCCUUGGGUUUUCUUGGCAGCGUAUAUCGCGAGGUGCGUCAAGCUCUACUUGACAUGCAAUCAAUGUUUACGCUUAUGAAUGUCGAUGCACGUAUUGCUUCGGCGCCGCAUGCACCACCUCUGGCAGUUGGUUAUGACAAUGCAUCUAUCGAAUUCAGAAAUGUCAGUUUUGAGUAUGAACCGGGUAAACCUAUCUUCAAAGAUUUGUCUUUCACCAUACCAGCUGGCAAGACAAUCGCUUUCGUUGGUGGUUCGGGUUCGGGAAAAUCGUCGAUGGUGCGUUUGCUGUUUCGCUUCUUCGAACCCAAUGCGGGUAAAAUUUUCAUUAACGGACAGGAUACCAGUGAAGUGGAUUUAGACAGUUUGCGACACGCCAUUGCUGUUGUGCCGCAGGAUUCGGUACUUUUCCACGACACCAUACAACACAACAUUCACUACGGAAACUUGAAUAAAUCGCAAGAAGAUGUGGAGAAUGCUGCACGUAUGGCGGAUCUGCAUGACUCCAUCAUGCGCUGGCCGAAGCGAUACGAAACAGAAGUCGGCGAACGCGGCCUCAAGCUGUCGGGCGGUGAGAAACAACGCGUGGCCAUUGCACGCGCCAUACUCAAAAACUCGCCAAUUCUCAUAUUCGACGAGGCAACGAGUAGUCUGGACUCGAUUACGGAGCAAAACAUACUGCAAGCGCUUUCACGCGCCACUGCCAAUCGCACCAGCAUCUGCAUAGCACAUCGACUCUCCACCGUCAUGGAUGCCGACGAGAUUUUCGUGCUGGAGAAUGGACGUGUGGGUGAACGUGGCACACACGCGGAACUCCUCAAGAAGAACGGUCUCUAUGCGCGUCUUUGGGAGACGCAAACACAACAAUACUGACCGGAGGCGCUUGUGCGCACCAGCAAUGCCUAAACGUUGCAUUAUUCACCCAAACAAACACACACACACUCACACCUAGAGACAAAUACAAACACACCGCCGACUGUCAUUGGGCAGUUUUAGUGUCAUGUAAUUUAAUUAUUGUUGAUUUACAUAGAAGCUAUUGAAUGAUUCAUUCUCAGUAUGUACUGGUUAUAUACAUGUGUAUGUAUGUUUUAAGCAAACAAGCGUAGUAAAAGUCAAAAACCUAACCUCCAAA